UCUUGAUGAACCAUUUUCUUUUUAACUUUAAGCUUUGAUCCAAAGUCCUGCUCAAUGUUGGAACCUUAUUACAUUCUUUUAUUGUCAUAAUUGUCUUGAAUUUGCUCCUGCUUACGACUCGAUUGCUCUUUCCCAAGUAAACACCUCACAGCACCUCCCACCUUCCUCCAGAAAGCACUGCUCUUUUUUUCUCACAUCUUUCUCUCAAAAAAAAAAAAAUUCUAUCCUUAUACAACAUCACAUCAAUAUUCAUCAAACAGCCUCACGAUGGUCGCCUAUAUCAAUACCGUCCUGCCGAGCUCCACAACCAUCGAUAUCCCUUCCCAAGCCCAACUACGCCGCAUGUCGACCAUCUUGAGACCAUCAGAAAUAGUGGAAUUGCAACUCUUCCAUCCUCCUCCGAUCAAAUAUCCAUCUUCUGACGAGAUAUACACCAAGAUCCAGCAAGCAAAAGGGGAAUUACGGGACAGGAUCUGGAGAAUGGCUAUGAAGAAUCGGUUUCGAACCUCGCCGCCCGCUACCAGCACCAAUCCCAAGUUCCAUAAAUUCCUCCGUCUUCAAAUUGAGAUUCGAGAACAGAUUUGGACGGACGUACGGGACGGGGCAGGCCUAAGACUCUACAAAUGGCCACCAACCCAGUCAAACCGAGUCAGGAAGCCCCCUAGCAUCUUGUCCGUGUGUAGCCACAGUAGGAGAAUCGGAAAGGAGGCUCUCGUAUACUGUGACGGGACUUGGGUCAAUGUCGACACGACUUUGUUCUAUGUAAAGUUGGACUACAUUUUCAGCGUCGAUUGGAAAUUAAGAGUGGAUUACAUUCAAGAACUUUGGGUUGUUUUCGCGGUGAGAUUCUGGAGAGCAUGGAACGAGCUGCAGAAAGAGAAUGCCUACUUUUAUGGUACGAAGCCAGGCCAUAGACUCAAGAGAUUCGCUGUGAGCUGGAUUGACUGGCAAUGGGAGAUACAUCUUAGCCAUCCCACUGGGAGACCUUUCUUUCCCAAAACGUUCGAGGAAGUGUUAAAAUCAUAUUUUCCUGGGCUGAAGGAGCUGAUACUGAUUCUUGAAGAGCGUAUUGUGGAUCAGUGUGGUGCUUUAUACAAAGAUGAAAGGUCAUUGACAGAGGACGAUUUGCUGGACCCGACCCUUGCCGAAAGAGUAUCAUUUCCUACAGAUAUGGAAAACUCGAUUCCAAAAAAGCUGAAGUUAAACCCAAAAGCCUUUGGGAUUUUCAAAAAGUUACUACAAGUAAGCUGAAAGGGGAAAUCGCUUUGACAAGGGGGUAUUCAUUCUGUC